AUGGGUCGCUUAUUUGACAUUGUGGGAGCAAGGGGUUGUAUUGAUAUGGGAAUCUCUCUUACCGCAACGGUGGAAUCUGCUAUGACUCGUCGCCCACGGCGACAUAGAUAUGAUCUUUAUGUUAUGAUUGAGGAAGCAUUGAAUAAACAGAGGAGCAAAAUGAAUCCUGGGAAAGAUGUUGUGUUAUGGAAACACAAUCUGAACACUUUCAAACCAAAGUUUGACACAAAGAGCACUUGGCUGUUGAUUCGUGACUCAAAACCGGAAGUUAGCUGGUACUCUACUGUCCGGUUCCCUUCCUCCACUCCGAAAUACAGUUUCAUGGUCUGGAUUGCGAUGCAUAAUCGGUUAUCCACUGGAGACAAAAUGCUCCUCUGGAACUCUGGAAUAAACCCUGGCUGUGUUUUAUGUCAACAUCAAUUGGAAACCAGGGAACACUUGUUCUUUGAAUGUAGCUACUCCCUAGAGAUAUGGCAGAACCUGACUCGCAACAUCCUGCCUUCCAGAUUUUCUUCUCGGUGGCAAGAUAUCAGUGAGUUACUGUCAGAUAAUACCCAGCCGAUGCUACAGAUCUAUCUCCUGAGAUAUAGCUUUCAAGUGAUCCUCUACACAGUUUGGAGAGAACGGAACAAUCGUAGGCAUGGAGAUUCCCCAACACCGGCCUCCGUAAUGAUCAAGACUAUUGAUAGACAGAUUCGAAACCAGUGUCUCUUGUUGGGUUCAAGGAGGGCUCGACGUUACGGAACUAUUCUUCAGGCUUGGUUUGCCACACGAUAG